UUACUAAAACCCCUCACAAAAAAAAAAAACUUCAUAUUUAUCAUAAAGUUGUGCUCUAGUUCUGAGGAUGAUGCAGAAAGAUUGUAGCACUGUUUCAAUGGCGGCGGAUCAAAUUUGAAUUCUCUCCAUAUAUAACCCCCUCCCUUCACUAUAACUUCAGAAAAGGUUCUUCUGCAAUUUGACAAAAAAACCCAAAAAAGAAAAGAAAAAAUAAAGUUGGCUUGUUAUUUGUACCCUGCUUUUUCAUUCAAGUUACAUGUGCGUAUUGAAGGUGGCGAACCCAAGAGGCAACUCAGGGGAGUACAGCAGGUACCCUUACACAGAUAGCGAUGAUAACCAGGAAGAGAUAUCGUUCACAGCACAACAAAUAUUUUCUGAAUUGAACCAACCAAUACAGCGGCAUGUGGAGGUAACUCAAUCACCACAUAUGUUCAUGGGGUGUAGCAGUUCAACAGAGAUGUCUGCAAUGGUAUCAGCACUUACACAUGUGGUCUCAGGCCACAGAGGAAGUACUAGCGAUUGGGGAUCAUGUGGAGCCUCAGGUCUAGGAGGGGCAACAAUAACGUCGACUUUUGCUCAGGCAGCCCCUGGUUCUAACACUUCUCCCGCUUCUCCAUCUUUGUCUGCAUAUUCCUCUACUUCUGGUUCUGGUUCCUGGAUUGGCCAGAAGAGAGGGAGAGAAAAGGAAGCCGGUGCAGCAGCUCAAUUGAAGGAGUCUCUGCCAACGGUUCACAGAGGGUUUUAUGAUUUUAGAAGUUCACUGGGUGAUUCGUCGUCGUCUGGUGCAACUGCAACUGAAGAAGUUUCUGCUUCAACUCUAAUAUUCCCCACUACAGCCACACCCUCCUCCAAAGCAACACCAUCAAGUGAAACAGCAUCUUUGGGAGAAACAGGAGAGCGAAAGAGAAGAUACAGAGGAGUUAGGCAAAGGCCAUGGGGCAAAUGGGCAGCAGAGAUACGUGAUCCACACAAGGCAGCAAGAGUCUGGCUAGGCACAUUUGAAACUGCAGAAGCUGCAGCUAGAGCCUAUGAUGAGGCUGCUUUAAGAUUCAGAGGAAGUAGAGCUAAACUUAACUUCCCUGAAAAUGCUAGGCUACUGCCAGCUCAAAUGCAAAAUGUUACUGCUUCUCAAGUUCCCGUUUCUAUUUCACAAUUACCUUCUCAUCACCAGUUACAGUCAAUCUCAUCUCCAAGGCAACAAGCACAGCGGCCGCAGGUGCCAGCACCUGCAUUGUUUCAGUCUCAACCUCAUAUUAUAAGAGACUACUGGGAGUACUCCCAGUUGUUGCAGAGUUCUGGGGACUUUCAUGGACAACAACAACAACAACAACCACCACCUUCAAAUUUGUUAGAUCAGAUGUUUUAUAAUCCCCAGCUGGCCUCUCUACAAUCAUCAACUCUGUCUGCAUUCUCUUCAUUACCUUCAUCUACUUCAGGUUCUUCAUUUGCAGCAAUACCUUCUGGUUCGAUAUCAUCAACACCAUCUCCAUCUGCUUCUUCAUAUCCUCUGUUUUUUUCUGGUCAACAGUUGGGUUAUUUUCGGCCACCAGAAAAUCAGAAUCCAGCUGCUGGUUUAGAUUUUCCGGUGCCCCCAUGGACAGAUUCUAGUCGCCGUCCUUCCUCCACUGAUUAAAAACUGAUACCGCAAUUUAUUUUGUUGCUUUUGUUUCCCCCCACCCCCCACCCCCCCUUUUUUUUUUUUGGAAAUUUAGAGAUAUCUUAUUUUGUU